AUGCCCCCCAGCGCGCUUAAACCCCCCGCGGGCGAUGGCAUCAUCAACGGCGCGCGGCCGUACCGCCUCCUGAACGAGACGUCCAUGAAGGACGGCUGGCGUCGCGUCCGCGUCGUGGGAUGCCUCGCGCUGAUAUUCUUCGUCCUCGGCUGUCUGUACCUGAUAUACGAGCUCGCGUGGUACAACGUCCGCGACCGCGACGCGCGCGACAUGGCGUGGGACUACAGGGUCACGUCCGCGGCGUCGCUGACGUUCCACAAGUACUUCCGGAUGGUCUCGUGGGCGACGUAUUACUACAUCAACGCCGCGGCGGACGUGUUCCGAGAGGUGGUCGUCGCCGGGUACGAUCGACCGGUCGUCCUGUUCCUGCAAGGAGGCACGUGCACGAGGACGGUGACGGUCCCGUGCCUCCUCGCGAAGCCGUCCUGGAGAGAUACCGCGACGAACGGUCAGCUCAACGUCGCCACGGAGGCUGGCACGUGGGCGGUGGGGAACGGGAAGUGCAUGAAGUCCGCGGCGACGACGUUUGCGAAAUCGCUCGUCGACGCCACCGACGCGAACUGCGGCCUCGGCGUCGACGACACCCCGAUGUACGCCUCCGGCGCGGAUAUGGCGCAGUAUUACGUCACGCGAUACGAUGAGCUCAACGCGAUGCGCGCGGCGAUCACGGUGGCGUGCAACGACGGGGUUGUCGGGUCCACGCCGACCGCGUGUAAGAUUCCAACCGCGGGUUCGCAGAAUCAAGCCCUGGCCGCGGCGCCCCCGAUUUUGGAGACGUGCGGGUCGACGGCGUACGACAUCUCGUCCACGACGGCGACGUGGACGUACUGCCAGUGGCUGUCGUGGGCGGAUAAUAACUACGGGCUCACGGGGUCGGGGAGCCUCGCGACCGGCACGUGCACGAUUUCCAUAGACGUCGACGUGUGCGUGCAGACGACGGCGGCGUUGCAAGUCGCCGGGCAAGUCUCCGGGAACGCCGGCGCCGUCGCCAUUCGCGACGUCGCCGGCGCGUUCUCGAGCUCCAACGUCCACACGCAGGCGAUCGUGUCCUCGUUGACGUCCACGCCGGGACUGGCGGUCGUAACGUCCAACCAAGCGACGUUAUCGUUAUCCUCUGCGGUGACGCCGUACUACCCGGCCACGGACACCGCGGAUGUGACGUAUCAAAUCUCCACCGCCUACGUCCCGCAGAUUACGAUCACGAACUUCGUCACCGCCGCCGCCGCGGUCGCCGGCGGCGGCGCCAUCUCCGGAUACGCCCUGCCCCCGAGCGACUCCGCGACGUCGUUCACGCAGUACUACGGCUUCUACCAGGGCGUCACGAUCAACGGCGUGCGCGCGACGCUCAAUUACACCUACGAGACGUCCGACGACUGGAAGACGCGCGCGGGGUACUUUGACGCGGCGUUUUGGCCGUGGAAGACGCCGUGCGGCGACACCGCGCACAACGUCACGACCUUCUCGCUGUUGAACUCGCCGCUGACCGUGACGUCCUGGCCCGCGUACAACGGCCAGGGUGCCGUCCCGGUGAUCCCCGUGGUCGUCUUCGGGACGACGACGCGCGUCCCCGCGUACCAGAGCGACUGCGACUUCGACGCCGUCGCCGCGGCCGCGGGGACGGGCGUCUUGACGUGCGCCGCCGCGAGGUUGAGCCACGUGGAGAUUCGGGUGGCGUUCACGCCCGUCGCGAGCGCGACGUUCGGCGCGUGGCGCGUCGUGGACGUGGUGCCGACGUACGGCGCGGCGACGAGCGGCACGGAGGCGACGUUGAUCGCGAAGUGGGGCACCACGCAGACGAUGACGGUGACGCUUCGAGACGCGGGCGCGCCCGAGGCGCUGACGACGCCGGCGCUCAACACGCAGUGGAACGUCGUGUGGGCGAUCACGCUGUUCAGCGCGUUCGCGGUGAGCGCGCCGGUGUACGUGUUGUUGAUGAUGACGGUGGAGGAGAACGUGUGCAUCAACCAAGGGAAGCCGCCGCCGGGUUGGAAGUGGGACGUGCGCUUCCGCGGGUGGUAG